AUGGGUAACGCUCACUCUCCUCCCACUGAUCCUCAAUACGUUUCAGCAUCCAGAGCUUUUACUCAAAAGGGACUUGAAGACCUAAAAUCACUCUUCAAUUCUCUAGCAUCUCAAUCACACAGCAAUGGCAAAUACAUUUCUCCUUCAGUUUUUCAGUCAUAUUUCAAACUCCAUGGCCCUAUUGGAGAGAGGAUGUUUGAUUUAGUUACUCAGGAGCGGAAGGAUCAAAAGUUAACUUUUGAAGACCUUGUGAUUACUAAAGCUACUUAUGAGAAAGGAACAAAAGAUGAAAUCGAAGAAUUUAUAUUCCACGUUUUAGAUGUAUCUGGAGAUAAUUUUGUAGGGAGGUCUGAUUUGGAAUCAGUUAUGAAUGCCAUCUUUACCGAUAUAUUAUGCAUAGAAGGUUCUGAAGUUGGAUCAAGUUCGCAUCAAGAUAUUGUCAACAUAUUUCUGAGUGCUGCUAAUUUUUCCAUACACGAUGAAAAGUGCAUUGAGGAGGCUAUGUCUUUUGAAGAUUUCAGAAGUUGGUGUUCUCAUCUGCCAACUGUGAGGAAGCUUCUUGGAAGCUUGCUUUUGCCUCCUGAUUCAGGACGACCAGGUACUCAAAUUCCUAAUCUACUGACCCCGAAGGAUAUUGAUUCUAACACUGUACUUUUAAGAAAGGAGUAUGCUUGGCAUAUAGGAGGAGCACUUUCUCAGCACGAGCUGGAAGAUUGGAAGCUUUUGUAUCAUAGUUCUGUUAAUGGUCUUAGUUUCAAUACAUUCUUGGGCAACAUUUCAAACCACAAAGGCCCAACCGUGCUAAUUAUUAAGGAUAAAGAUGGUUAUAUAUAUGGAGGAUAUGCUUCUCAACAAUGGGAGCGGCAUGCUGAAUUUUAUGGAGACAUGAAAUGUUACCUUUUUCAACUAAAUCCAAAGGCAUCUAUAUUUAGGCCGACUGGAGCAAACACUAAUCUACAAUGGUGUGCUGUCAACUUCAGUUCAGAGGACAUUCCAAAUGGCAUUGGUUUUGGAGGAAAAGUAAAUCACUUAGGGUUAUUUAUCUCAGCAAACUUUGAUCAAGGACAUACAUUUUCAUGUUCAACAUUUGGUAACCCCUCACUCUCCAAAACUAACCGUAUAAUACCCGAAACAAUAGAAUGCUGGGGAGUGACUCAAGGUGUACAAAACAAGAAUGAUGGUGUUAAGGGAACUGUACUUGAGAGGUUUAAGGAAGAUCGGCAUAUGCUCAAUAUGGUAGGUCUAGCGAAUUCAAGCGAGUAA